UUCUACAUUUCCAUUUCCUUUUUCAUUUCCAUAUUUCAUUCUAGAAUUUGAUCCCAAAAUGCAUAAGAUAUGACAUGGGUUGAUCCUCAUCUGACGUGAACAAUAUAUAUCACUACUGAUUCCACAAAUCAUCGAAAGUUUCAUUGAAAGCGCUAUAAGAGAAUAUGUCCAGUUUUGUGGGUGUAGUCGUCUCCGAUCCUUGGCUUCAGAGCCAAUUCACUCAAGUCGAGCUGCGAGGCCUUAAAUCUAAGUUUGUCUCGGCACGUAACCAAGCUGGGAAGGUUAUAUUGGCAGAUUUGCCUCCUGUAUUGGCGAAACUGAAGGCGGUUACUGAAUUGUUAACAGAGGAUGAGAUCAAGAACAUCUUAAAGGAGUCAUCUCCUGAUUUGGAUGAAGAAGUUGAUUUUGAAUCAUUCCUUAGGCAUUAUUUGAACCUGCAAGCUCAGGCCUCAGAUAAAGUGGGUGGUCAUAAACCUCAGUCGUCCUUUCUCAAAGCGACUACAACUACUACACUGCACCAUAUAAUUAGUGAAUCCGAGAAGGCUUCCUAUGUCAACCACAUCAACACCUAUCUUGGAGAAGAUCCAUUCUUGAAGGAUUAUCUCCCCUUAGAUCCAUCUAGUGAUGAUAUCUUUGAAUUGGCAAAGGAUGGCGUUCUUCUAUGUAAACUCAUAAAUGUAGCUGUACCUAAUACUAUAGAUGAGCGAGCCAUCAAUACUAAGAAGGUUCUAAAUCCAUGGGAGAGGAACGAGAACCAUACCCUUUGCCUCAAUUCUGCAAAGGCAAUUGGGUGCACUGUGGUCAACAUUGGCACUCAAGACCUGAUUGAAGCUAGACCUCAUCUAGUUGUUGGGUUGAUGUGCCAAAUAAUAAAGAUACAAUUGUUAUCUGAUCUUGAUAUAAAGAAGACUCCUCAACUUGUUGAGCUGAUGGAGGAUUCCACGGAUGUAGAGGAGCUUAUGGGAUUAGCCCCAGAGAAAGUUCUUCUGAAAUGGAUGAACUUUCAUCUGAAGAGAGCAGGAUUCGAGAAAGAGGUUACGAAUUUUUCCUCAGAUUUGAAGGACGGAGAAGCUUAUGCUCAUCUGCUCAAUGCACUUGCCCCAGAACUUGGCACAAACUCAACAUUGGAAACAACAGAUCCGACUGAAAGAGCAAAACUGAUCAUUGAGCAAGCUGAAAAACUAGAUUGUAAAAGAUAUGUUACUCCAAAAGACAUCGUUGAGGGAUCGGCAAAUCUAAAUCUUGCAUUUGUUGCUCAAAUAUUUCAACACAGAAAUGGACUAUCAGAAUCAGUGGACCAGUCGAAGGUACCAAUGGCUGAAAUGGAGGAAGAUGAUGCUCAAACUUCACGAGAGGAGAGAUGCUUCCGGUUGUGGAUUAACAGCCUUGGGAUUGAAACCCACGUCAAUAAUGUAUUUGACAAUGUCAGGGGAGGAUGUGUUCUACUGGAAGUACUUGAAAAAGCUUCUCCUGGAUCUGUAAACUGGAAGCAAGUUCCAAAACCUCCUCUUAAUUCGUUCAAGAAACUUGAGAAUUGCAACCAAGCUGUGAGUGUUGGGAAGGAUUUGAACUUCUCCCUAGUGAAUAUAGCUGGAAAUGAUAUUUUGCAAGGAAACAAGAAGCUCAUAAUAUCUUUUCUGUGGCAGUUAAUGAGAUUUACCAUGAUCCAACUGUUAAAAAACUUGAGACAGCAUUCUCAAGGAAAGGAAAUUGGAGAUGCUGACAUACUGAAUUGGGCAAACGAAAAAGUCAAGAAAUCUGGUAGAAGUUCCCAAAUGGAAAGCUUCAAGGAUAAAAACCUCGCAACUGGGAGAUUCUUUCUUGAGCUUUUAAGUUCCGUGGAGCCAAGGGUGGUCAACUGGGCCCUAGUUACAAAGGGAACAACUGAUGAAGAUAAAAAAUCAAAUGCAACAUAUAUAAUCAGUGUCGCACGAAAGCUUGGAUGCUCCAUAUUCUUAUUACCUGAGGAUAUAAUUGAGGUGAACCAGAAGAUGAUGCUGACCCUUACAGCAAGCAUCAUGUAUUGGAGCCUGCAGAAGAAGGUGGGAGAUACUGAGCCGCCAUCUCCUAGCCAGCGAUCUGAGCCACCAUCUCCUAGCCCGCAAUCUGAGCCUCCAUCUCCUAGUCUACACAAUAACCAGCCACCACCAUCUCCAAGAGGUGAUGAUGUCUAGUUGGCGAACUUAUGUUUCUGCUCCAUUAAGUACUCUGAUGUUCACCAAGAAGUUACCGGUUAAUAGACAUUUCACAAACACUGAGUAUUCAACUGGAUAUAGCAGGGUUGAAUUUUUUAUGGAGGGCAGAGUAGAGAUAUUGGUUCUUGCAGGUAAGUUCCUGGUAGAGUAAGCAAGAAGGUAUACAGAUCCUUCAAGUUUAAUUUGCAUUAGUCACAGGUGCAUUGUAUG